UGCAGUUUCGGGCGGGAUGAUUCAAAACAAGAUGGACUUUUUAUCAGCGCUGCGCUUUCUGAAGUUAAAAGAAAUUCCAGACGCCUGGGUGGACGAGGUGUGGGACUUAGAGUUCACAGAAAGGAAACCACUGGAUGACAACACAGAGGAAGAACUUGCAGCCAGUGGAGAGAAGGCCUUCAGAACUCUGUACCAGUGUUUACUUGUCCAUGCUAUUGACCAGCAACAGUCUGCAGACAGGGAUGGCGCACAGACCAUCUGGGCGACACUGGGAGAGAACGGGGUGUCAGUCAAGUCUCUGGUGGCUGUGCUGUCUUCCUUUGUCUUGGCGGGAAAAACCAAAGGGGCCAAUGCCCAGCAGAGAGUGAGCAGCCUGCACGCCGCCUCAGUCUACCUGCUGCUGCUGGGAAUCCCAGGGAGCAUCGCUAACAAGGUUUUUCAUGAGGUUUUAUUGGACACGUGUGCAGACUUGACCUCUCACUGCUGGCCUCAGGACUCUGGAAAGAAGCGUAAGAAAGACGGCCCGAAGAGUUCUCAGGCAGAGGGCAAGCGCUCCAAACCACAGCGGAAAGACCCUCACGAGAUGGAAAUGGAUGAUGAAGAGGAGGAGGAAGAGGAGCUUCAUUUCUCUGGUCAGGAGUUGAUGAAGAUCAGAGAUGCAGUGGUUCUCUUGGUUCAAAGCCUUCUCAGACUUCUGCAGACUUUUCCACUCAAAGACCAACCGCAGAGCGCCAGCAACUGCAUGAAUAUCUUCAGUAAGCUGCUGUACUUUGAGCCAGUCAUCGGAGAGCUAACCUUUGCUGCUGCGCAAGAUAUGAGCAAGCUGAGGAGUGUUCCUGAGAUGGCUUUCUACGGCCUGCAGCUGCUCUGCUUGCCAAAACACGGAGACCAGAAAGAGUCCCUGCGGAGAGUUUUCCACCAGCUUCUCUACGUGAUCCUGAUGAUGAAGAAAAGCAGCAGAGGGAAACCCUCCCUGCUUGUAUCCAGCCAGGCCACCCUCUCCACCCGCGACCAGGCCAUCCAUUUUGUUUGUCAUCUUGUGAAUGAGCUGAAGGAGUUGGCGCUGCCUCUUCUACAGAUCCUCCUGCAGCAUAUCUGCUUCCAGAUGGUGGAGAAGAGCGAGUUUCGAAGCCACGGCGCCCAGUCUGUGGGGAUGUUGACUUCUCAGAUGGAGAGUACAGACUACGCUUGCUUCAUCAAGUGGCUGCUUAACUUCUCCAGAAGCUCAAAGAUGGUGCACCGGCUGUUCUCUAUAGACGUGGUGAUGGUUUUGCUGGAGCAGCCAGAGAGGGGGGCGGAGGAGUGUCAGGACCAUGAGCUCACCUGCUUCCUACCUCACAAGUUCCUGAUCCAGAGCCUGCUGUUUGCUCGGCGCAUGGACAGCUCUCCUACUGUCCAAAGCCAUGCCCUGGCAUGCCUGGCCCAUUGUCUAGAGCUGUCAUCAUUCAAUGUCACCCAGGCUGUCCACAACCUCUUCUCUGCCACUGGAACCCAGACAGUGUUGGAAAGUGAAAUCACAGAAGGAAGUCUCAGUUCCCAGCAGACUCAGAAAACCUUCCGUACUCUGCCGUUCAGGACCGUGGAGAUCAGCAGCACUGACGGCUCCAGCUGUGACGCAAAAGAAAACCUGGCUCUUCUCCUGCGGCGUGUGGAAGACUCGAAGACUAAUGUGAGGAAAUCAGCUCUGCAGGCCCUGGUCAGUCUCCUGAGACAUGAAGUGAUCCCCAUGAGCAUGGAGAACUUGGCUACACUGUCUGAGCGCUGCAGAGACCCGGCUGUGUCUGUGAAGAAGAAGGCCCUUCAGUGUGUGGGAGAGCUGCUCACUGCUAAACCACAGUGCCAUGUGGUGCAGAAGGCGUGGCUGCAGGGUGUGGUGCCGGCGGUGGUGGACUCUGAGAGCUCAGUGCAGGACAAGGCCCUGGAGGCUCUGGACCAGGUGCUGCUCAGCCAGAUCAAACCGUUUUCUGCUGGCUGCCACCUGAAUGCCAGUCAGAGGCUGACCUGGGACCUGCUGGGCCUGCUCUGUCAUGAGUGCCAUAACCUCAGCCGAUAUUUCAGCAGGGCCUUCACCAUCUGGUGCAAACAGAACAAGUUUACACCGACAUUCGUCACCAACCUGAUCUCACACACGGAGGCAGAUCACGCUGCCGGGGCCUGGCUGCUGCUCUCUAAGGUUGUUGCUUCUUCUCCCGUGCUGCCCUACAGCAAGAUCCUGGACGCCUGGGACAGCAUGGUCAAUUCAAAGGACAUAAACGUGACAACCUGCUGUCACAUCCUGUGCGUGAUGGGAGACAUUGCAGCACAUUUGAACAAAGACACCAAAGAUAGGAUAGUUGAUGAUCUGAUGUCCUGGUUGAAGAGUUUUACUUUGUCUCUGGAGGUGAUCUGUGCAGCUGUGGAGACUCUACAUCAAUUUGGCCGCAGUGAGGACAUCAAACAGACUCAGGGUUUUCUGAACCAGCACUGUGGUGAGUUGGUGUCUGUCUGCGAGGCUUAUUUAGCCAGCAUCAUCCUGAGUGAAAAGGGAACCCAGAACCUCAAUGAGAAACUGAUGAUAAAACACCUCCACACUUUGGGUGUGGUGUCACUCCACUGUCCUGCCAAGGUUACCAAAAGGACAGUGCUGCUGGUGGAAUCUGUCCUCACGACACACUCUGACAAACUGGCAGAGCACCAGGAGGAGCUGCCAGCCUCGCUGCCUCUGUCUCAGUUCAAAACAAACUCUCUGCCUACCAAAGUCAGAGCUCAUGGAGUCAUCACUUUAGGUAAACUGUGUUUGCAACAUGAAGAACUAGCCCAGAAGUACCUGCCAGUGUUUGCCAGGGAGCUGGAAGUCGGCACAGAGGUUGCCGUGCGCAACAAUGUGGUGGUGAUUAUGUGUGAUCUGUGUGUUCGAUACACCAACAUCGUGGAUCACUAUAUUCCCAACAUCUCGGCCUGUCUGCGAGACAAUGAAGCUGUCAUCAGGAAACAGACUCUCAUCAUGCUGACUAACCUGCUCCAGGAGGAAUUUGUGAAAUGGAAAGGCUCCCUCUUCUUUCGCUUCAUGGUGAUGCUGGUUGACCCAGUUCCUGCUAUUGCCAGUCUGUGUGAAUACUGCCUGCUUCACCUGCUGCUGAAGAAGAGCCCAGAAAUGUUCAGCCAGCACUUCAUCGAGUGCAUCUUCCACUUCAACUCCUACAGCAAACACAAGUGCUACAACAAGUUCCCUCAAAGUGAGAGAGAAAAGGUUCGGUUCUCCCUGAAAGGAGCUCAGUACCGUGACAAGCGUUUUCGGAUCUACCGCUUCCUCUUGGAGCACUUUACAGACACCCAGCGUUUCAACAUCACCAACAAGAUCAACCAGACCAUCCUUGCAUGCUUUGCAGACGAGGAGCUGCCUCUAGAUGCAGAUGGUGCUGACAUUUUGUCAGAGACCUUCAACAUCUUGAGUCUGAAGGAGAUGAAGCUGCAGGCCAUAUCUAGUGCGGCAGGAGGUGCGGCAGGGGAGGAACCAGAGGAGGAGAACAUGGCCACCAUGGCUAAGGCAGUCCUGCAGGCCGCGCAGAAUAAGGUGGUGUCACAGGUCCAAAAGAAAGCUUUCAUAGAGAACACAGUUCCUCUCAUCAUCAGCCUGAAGAGCCUGCUGGAACAAAAGCGUUCUCCUGUCCUCAGAGACCUCAUGGCCUACCUCCAGGUGACAAUGCAAGACUACCGCAACGAGGUGAAGGAGUUUUUCUCUGGAGAUGAGCAGCUGGCAGCUGAAGUGGAGUUUGCUCUGAAGACAGCUGAGAAGGAGAGAGAGAUGGAGGAACAGAUGGACAACUGCAGCCUGACAGGAGACGCCAGGACUCCCACUGCACAGUGUUCAGUCCAGGGCUCUCCCAUCAGGCCCAGGCCCAGGCCCCUCCUCCCGUUUAGUUUUGCCACACCACAGCCACAUCCAAACCCCGCCUCUGCCAGACUAGCACACACUGACAGUCGUGUGCGCAGAUCCAGGCAGGAAGAACACGUCCAGUCUAAGUCAUUCACUCUGAACAGAACAGUGAUGCCUAAAGGAGCAGUGAAUGACAGAGCCAUCAGCACGCCUAAAGGUGUCACCGUCAAUUUAACAUUUGAUGAAGGAGUCAGCGCGAUCUUCAGUGACCGAGGAACAAGUCUUGCCGGGGAGACCAGUGUUCUUCAUGUGCGGUCAAAUGAGCAGCAAGCUCCUGGGCUGAGGCAGUGGAAUGUGCAGUCUCCUCUCCGCCACAAGACAAAAACAUCUAAUGCUUAGCUGCCCUAAAGCUUCAUUUCUUUUGUUUCUGUUUUUUGUCUUUACUACAUCUUCUACUGUCACUGCUUCUUACAUGUCCAUGUCCAUCUACAUGCUCUCGAUUAAUAUUCUCUCAUCUUUAUCUUUCAUAUGUUUGUGUCACUGCAGGUCUUUCUGAUAAUAAAGGUGACCUUGACUUCAAAAUAUUUUUUGGCCAGAUUCUUGCUGGUUAACACAAUGUAAAUAAGACCUACACUGUCUGGGGAAUUUCCUCCUUUUGUGGUAAAUUAGUGUUACGACUGUCUGUUUCUGCUCUUUAAGUCCUUUUACACUAACUUUUGUUAAGGUAAAAAAUAUGCCCUAUUGAAAUGCAGUUAAGAGUGCUACAAUAUGCUGAUACCUUUUUUGUGUUUUCAUUUUUGUGCUUUGCAUCUACCUUAAUCACUGGUUUAAUGCACCCCCUGGGGGGCCAUGCCCUUUUACCCUCCCGACUAGCCUGGCUAGAUGACAAUCUGCACUGAUCUGGAAAUGUAGCUAGAUUAAAUAAUUUUCCCCUCAAUAUUACUGUAGCUCCAGCCCUCUCACCUCAGAGGGACUCUCCUCCUACCAUUCAAGCUCCUCUUUAUUGGAACACCUCGAGCUCUUGAUCAACGACCUACUCUAACUCCAGCCUACCUUAGCCAGUGCUGUGCAGACCUAAGGAAACAAGGAAAGUAUGUGUUAGUCACAAUAAGGGAAGUCGCGCCAUGACUCUCAGGGUCUGAGGUGUUCACGUCAUUAGACGCCACCAGUGGAUUUUAUCAAAAUAUCCACUGAGGAUAGCUGUGAAUUAACCAUUCAGAUUAAGCACAGCUAAAUGUAAGUUCAACAACGGCAUAUGUACUUAGUGGGUAGACUGUAGCCGUUCUUGUAAACAGUGUGUUCUCACGCAGACCACACAUGAGCAGCCCCUGGUCAAGCUCAUCAAAGAUCUUGAUCAGAUCGAUAAGAAUGGGCUCAGUGAAGCCCUCCAGAAAGGUCAUCAAUGCAAAACCUCAGGUCCAGCUCAGCGGGAUCAUCCAUCAAGUGUUGGUAUCCAACUACCUCAUUUCUCAUUAACGAAACAUGUAAUGAAUUGAAUAAAAUAAAAAUCGAACAUGGCUGUUGUUAGUAUUCACAGCUGUCGUGUGUGUUUUAGUUUUGGGAUGUUUUGGCUGAGCUUUUCUCUGCCAUUCUUGUGUGAAUAGCAGACAUGAAGUCCAUGAAUAAAAUCCUAGUGUGUGGGCAUCCUGAGUCCAGGUAUUUGGCACUGUGUCCUGUGAUUUACCCGGCAGGCAGAGUAUAGAGGAUUGAUUUUGCCACCAUGCUGGAGAGAUAAUCACACUACUCUCUCCAUGCAUUUACACACCACCAUGUCAGGGCAACUGACCUGCAGUCAUUCAGGUCCUUAGCAUGUGUCCUUUUAGAAACUGGGAUUAUUGUGCAUCCAUCACUAGCUGGGAACACAGCCAGAAACCAGAGGAUGCUGACACAGCCUGGUGAAGCAGCCUUUGAACGCCUUGCCUCUGAGACUUUGUGUGCAUUGACUCUGCUCAGGGUGGAGGUCACCAACUGCUCAUCUACGGUGAGAGCUUGGUGGGAUGGGAUGGGCUGAGGCUGGGGAGGGGCCAGUUUUCUGGUGCGCUGCAGCUGUUAACGACUGAAUAAGUUAAGGUGGGGUCCUGUAGGUUAAUCACUGCCGAUGUGGGGGCUCUACACAUCAUAAUGUUUAACCCCUGCUAUGCCCCCUUUGCAUUUCCAGAUAUUAGCUGCUCCUCUACCUUGUUUUUGUAGUGGAUCUUGGCAAACAUGGACAGGCAGAUUUUCAUCGCUUGUUGUUUGGAUGAGGAGUUAGUUGUUCGAUGACAGUGACAGUGUCCUUACAGUAUAAAAUACAAAAGUCACGACAAACCUCAAGAAAUCUGAAGUUUGUCUCCAUACAGAGCCCACCCCCAGCUGACUGACAUGUUUUUUUCAUUCCUGUCAAAGCAUAUGAUAUUAAACUGGUGCUUUUCCAGACAGCUUAAAGCUUGCCAUUGUUCAGCCACUGCUAAAAAGUAGUAAUUUAGACCCCCUGUCUUUGAUUAACUACAGACAAAUCUCAAGGUCCUGAAGAAAAUCAUUUCUUCCAAACGGAUGUCUCUUAUGAACGACGAGUGUGUUUCAUUCACUUUCCAGUCUGGUUUUCGAGCACUUCAGUGCUGACGCCACUCGACAGUACUGAGAAACACAACUGAAGUUUGGGAGAAACACUGAUUUUCUGCUGAACCUAAAAAGUAAUCAUGGUGUCAUGCAUUUCAAGGUUUCUAUAUGCUAGCAAAACCAUCAUAGCAAAAUAUGUCAAAACAACAUGUCAGACAUGUUUAAACAUUAUGAGCUUUCAGGUCAUCUUAUUGUCGGUACUUUUGCUGUUCUGGGUAUGGACUUAAUUUUUCUGGGCAAAGUAACUGAAAAAGCCUCAUAGUGUCCACACUCAUCUUCCUGAUAUCUUUCAAUAACGUGCAUUACAUCCUUUCCUGUAAGGUUUUUGUAAAUGAUUCUUAUUGUAUAAAAUAACUGUAAUAAAGCUAUUAGUAGCAGUAGUAGUGGUACUAAUGGUGACGUGAGUGAGUAAUGUCUGUACUGUAUGAAUGGAUUAGAAAUGGUCAGUCAUUGACUGUUUUGGUGUCACAGGGUUAGUGACACUGUAUGACUGCUGACUGUUCAUCUGAAAUAAUAAAAAUCUCUUUCUAUCUAAAUGAGUAAAGUGGUUAUAAAUAUGUUUAUUUGAGGUUUCUAUGUAUUCUUUAAGAUGCAACCUGCAUUAAUCAUGAAACAUUUGUCUGUUGAACCUGUCGAGAAUCCCAUUCUCAAGAUUUGACUUUCCACUUUCAGAUGUGACGAUAAGAUGCAGCAGUGACUGUCGCCACGGCGAUGUAGUUAAAAAAAAAUAAUUCCUCAAGAUAUUUUUAAAAGCUUCUAACAACUUUUUCUUGUUUUCUAGCGCUAAGCUAACAAGCAAACAUUAUCGAAAGGUUUCCUGGGACGUUGCAUUGGUUCACAGUUCACUGAGCAUGUUAAUGGAGACAGUCACGACUGAACAAUGCAACGACGAGUGAAGGUUUUCAUCUGGAAACCCUCCAGCACAGGCUGUCUGUUGUGUCCGAUGAGAUGCAUAAUCUGGCCAAACAUGUCUCUAAACGGUCAGCGAAGGCUCGAAAGACGUGGACGCCCUCCUCCACCUGCAGCCCCGGCGCCAUCUACAGGUAGACUGACUGCCAGCUGACAGAUGCCAGAUGUGAUGCAUUUAGUUUUGUUCAAUAAUGAUUUGUUCUUUCUCACCCAUUUACUAAUGGUAUACAACUGGACGUGUAAACUCUGGCCCAGCUCCAGUAAUGUUGGUGACACAACAGAGUCAUCCAGCAUACUGUACAUAAGUACUCAGCAUUUUUAAAAACAUGGUAAAUCAUUUCUAGAAAUGGAGAAUAAAAGUGGUAUCGAGCAACACUCUUGUCAAACACCUUUUGCUGCCAGAAAAGCUGCCUUUGAAAAACACAGUGUUCUGCCAGAGAGGUAACUCUCCAUUCAGGCAAGAGCUGCAGGUGCCAAACUGAGCUUGGCAAUUAGAUUACUGUGAUCAAUGGCAUCAAAAGCUGCAGUAAAAUCCAAGAGCACAGCCCCUACUAGCUUCCUGUCAUACAGAUAUGUUCCCCAUUGAUCACGUGUGUACUAAUGCAGUGGUAGUAGAGAGCCCUGGUCUAUGAGCAGCGGUGUUGAUGUCAGUACUCUUUUGUACUGUUGUGUAAUUUAUCAUACACAAAUUACCUUACAAUAAUUACUUUCUUUAUUCGCUCUCAUUGAGUACUGGUAUUCUACUGUGACAUAUAUAUUUUUUUUUCUGUGCAAUGAAGUUUAUCAGCCAGGUCCUGCCAAGCAGUGGUAUGAUGAUGAUCAUAAAUGCUGUAGUCACUUUAUCCACCUUUGUGCAAUUUGUGUAAAAUCUAUGAAAUUCCAUAGAAUUUUUGAUAGUAUUUUUGUACUGCAAUUGUUCUUAUAGUUCUUUGUGGCAAUA